UGGGGGGAAAUCGCCCCAUUGUGGGAGGGGCAGAGACACAAACUACUGGAGGAGAUCUCCCCAUUGUGGGGGGGGCAGAGACACAAACUACUGCGGGGAGAUCUCCCCAUUGUGGGAGGGGCAGAGACACAAACUACUGGAGGGAGAUCUCCCCAUUGUGGGAGGGGCAGAGACACAAAACUACUGCGGGGUAAUCUCCCCAUUGUAGGAGGGGCAGAGACACAAACUACUGGGGGGAAAUCUCCUCAUUGUGGGAGGGGCAGAGACACAAACUAGUGGGGGGAAAUCACCCCAUUGUGGGAGGGGCAGAGACACAAACUACUGGAGGAGAUCUCCCCAUUGUGGGAGGGGAAGAGACACAAACUACUGCGGGGUAAUCUCCCCAUUGUAGGAGGGGCAGAGACACAAACUACUGGGGGGAAAUCUCCUCAUUGUGGGAGGGGCAGAGACACAAACUAGUGGGGGAAAUCGCCCCAUUGUGGGAGGGGCAGAGACAUACUACUG